UUUACAAAGCAUUACUGUGGUGCUUGCCAUUGUAUUGUAGAGUGUUACUGUUCUCCGAUAUAUCCGUGUAUAUGUGUGUUAAGUUUUGUUGGUGUAGCAUUUCGUGGAUUGCGUCUUGAGUGUGGUUCAAAAAAUUAUAUUAUCUUAUGCAGGUUGAGAAGUUUUCAAGUCAGUUGAGCAUAAAAAUUCAUACGGUUCGGUUUGGCAAAAAUUAGCAAAAUCUAAACGAAAUCGAAAACGAAACCAAAUAAAAAACAGAAAACAAACAAAAAAAUAAAAAAAACAGACAACCAAAAAAUUUACAAAAAAAUAAAACUGAUAUUCGUUUCGAAAUAUUUUUUUAAAAAAAUAAGAUAUUGUUGUUAAAAAUUAUCACGCAAAAAAAAAUAUAAUAAAAAGAUAUUUGAUUUUCCUUAAUUCGAAAACAACAAAAUAUUUAAGUGAAAAUGUGCUCUUAGCAUACAACUUAAUAGGAUAUUGCAAAAGCUGAAAAUAGUUACCAGUGUGAAUUUUUGUAGUUAUAAACUGUAAAAAAAAAAUAAAAGCCCCCUUAAUUCCCAACACCAAAAACACAAACAAACUCCAGCAAUAUGAAUAGAAACACCACAUCAGGCUUCGAUAUGGCCGCUGAAAUUGCCCACAUCGCCCUCACAGAAUUCAAAUCACAUUAUGUGACAAAGAAUUUCACUGGAUUAAUACAGAGAUACUACUCUCUGGUCAUAGAGGAUUAUGGCGAUCCCAGAGCAGAGCGUUUCCCCAUGAUGUCAAACCCCCUGUACACAUUCGGCCUUGUGGGUAUAUAUUUAACAUGGGUAUUUCUGAUAGGCCCAUUCAUUAUGCGCGAUCGUAAACCUUACCAGCUGAAACGUACCAUGGUCUUGUACAAUGCCUUCCAAGUUGCCAUUAGCGGGUAUAUGUUCUAUGAGCAUCUGGUGGCAGGAUGGCUUAAUUACAACCUUAAGUGUCAACCUGUGGACUAUUCCGAUGGGCCCAUGUCGAAACGGAUGCUUAACCUUUGCUAUAUUUACUACUUAUCGAAACUGACUGAAUUCGCCGACACAGUGUUCUUUGUGCUGCGCAAGAAACAAUCACAGAUCACCUGGCUACAUGUAUACCAUCAUUCCGUGACUCCCUUGGAAACAUGGGUUCUGGUUAAAUUCGUUGCUGGUGGUAAUGCGACAUUCCCCAAUCUUCUGAAUAACUUUGUGCACAUUUGCAUGUACUUCUAUUACAUGAUGUCCGCAAUGGGUCCCAACUACGCCAAGUUCCUGUGGUGGAAGAAAUACAUGACAGAGUUGCAAAUUGCUCAAUUCAUUCUGUGUAUUGUGCAUACGAUACGUGCUCUCUUCAACCAACAAUGCCAGUUCUCCAAAUUCAUUUCGUGCCUCCUGCUUCUCAAUUCUUCCAUAUUCUUCUGCCUCUUCAUGAACUUCUACAUUCAAGCGUACAAAAAAGGCAAAGACGCCAAAUCUAUCGCCAUCAACCAACAGACAACAUGUGCGACCGAAUUGCAGCAAAAAACAAAAUCAUUUGAAUUGAACAAUAACAACAGUCAAGAGGUAUUGCCUAUCCUUAAUGAGAAGAAAGUGAAUUAAAAAACUGCAGCCACUUCCGUUACCCCAACUCCACAACCACCAUCAAUCACAAAUUGCUUGUAAAGAACGAUUCUGAUUACAAUGUACGGAUGACCUUACAUAUUGUGUAUGUUGCACCAAACCUUUGAGCGCAUGCUGUAAAGAGUUCAAUGAACCAUUUUUCUCUAUUGAGAACACAUAUUUUGAACAACAAUAGUAGGCCUAUUUAAUUUUUUUUUUUGCAAGAGGUACUUAUGUAAGGUUUAAAGUAUAAUCUUCUCUAGAAAGGGAACAUCAUCCGUACUGAUCCAUUUCGGAGAUGUACUGACAGCAUACUGUUUAUGUACAUCGUUAAAGCCUUAUUGCCAAACUACUGUCCUUUCUUCUUUUGGGAUCUACAAACUACUUUCCUCAGCGUCGUUCACAAGAAAAAAAUAGACUCUGGUGGGAAAAGUGAAAUCCAUUUGCCAAAUAGUCAGCCAAAUUUAACAAAAUAUUUUGCAUGAAUGGAAGGUCUUCAGGGAUCUCCAUAACUUUUACAAGCAUUUAAAUGAGUCCUACAAUGCCACCUCUUAAUUAAAUCAAAACAAAAAUUUAACAAUCAACUCCAAUAAAAUUGUAAACAAAAUUUAUACAACCAAUAUGAAAACUUUCAGUCAAGCUCAUAUUUAAAGAUUUGUUUCCAAUCAACAGCAACAAACAGUUCAACCAAUAGUUCUGCGGAAAAACAUAACCCUAUUGGAUUUUCCCACAUAGCACAUUAGGCUACCCACUCCGUUUAAACCAAAAUUUCUGCUGUCUAUUAUUAUAGAAAUUGUAUAGACGUAUUCGAAGAUGUUAAUAAAAUAACUCAAAAGUUCUCCGCUCCAUGUCGCCCGCGUUCCUUGCUCACUCACACAUAAACGACUGAGAAUUUGACAUUUCUCCCCUCUGUUACAACUUCUUUGAACAUUUUGUUAUGUGUCGGCAGAUUUCCUUUGUUACAAUUCCGUUUGCACCUUUCAUUAAAUCCGGAUUUAAGGCUCUCGCCAGCUGAUCUUUUAAAGGGAAAACAGAUGAUCGAGCCACUAAAACCGUAAAGAGCAGUGUAAACGGGGUUUAUGAGUCUGCAGAUUUCCUUUGUCUAUGUAGAAUCUUGAUAUAUCAUUUAAAAAAAUAUAUAAAUUUAAAAUUUUGUCCACCAACAAAAUUCUUUGCAAAUGUGAACAAGCGGAUAGUUAACUUAUGAUACAGUUAAAUUUCGGAGUAAAUUUUCAGCUACCAAUUGGUAUUGUGUUGCUAUGAUUUUGUAGAUCAUUAAGAAUGUGGCUCCUUAUAUAACUUCUUCCUGUAUUUGAAGCAGAUUUUCACUGUGAAAAAAGAACCCUAGCCCUACCAAAAACUUGAUUUUCGCCUGUGAACGCACUAUUUGUAUAUAUUUAGACUACGUAGGUGUAAUUUUUAGGAUUUUUGAGAGUUUUUUUUUUUUUUGUUACGUGUUACGACAUUAUGUAAAUAUAAUAUAUGUAAGUAAUUAGAUUGUAAUUAGUAUUAUUAUAUGCUAAAGUAUAUAAGAGUAACAUUUUUGUAUAUACACCACGUGUGUAUAAUAAAUAAUUGUGCAAAUAGUUGUACUCCUCAAAUGAGCCCCGACUAAAGCAAUAAACACGGGGCCCAUUUAAAGUGUGAGAUGUGGGUUUCGACAAUUGGCGACAUCUUUAAAUUAAAGUACUGUGCCACAUGUCGGAAGUUUCUUAUUUCCUGUUGAGAUCACUGUGCUUAUGUACACGCAGCGUGUUAAAGUAUAAACUAGUCUUAAAUCACAAGUUUUAAAUAAGUUUUAUUUCGAUCAACUUUCCAUAUAUAUUCGUCUAUAUAGGCUUUAGCCCUAAAUAACGACAUAAUGUAAUUAUAAUUUUGGUGUACAAUUAGCUAAUAGUGUAAUUGUAAAUUGCUUCACAAAAAAAACAACUUUUUUAACGAAGAUUUUUUAAAUAAAACCAAGAAAUACAA